AUGAGCGUUGACCCACUCGCCCUGGCCAGCGAGGACCGGCACGAGCUGCAGCGGCUGCUCAAGGAGAACAGGGAGCUGCGGCAGGCCAACGCCCUGCUGCGGGUGUCUGCGGAGGCGAAGGGGAGCCGCGGCAACGGCGGCGUGAAGGGCGCCGCCGAAAAGGGGCGCGACAACGCCGGCACUUCGGAGGAGUCGGUGGGGAGCAAAGCCACCGCGGCGAGCGUGCGGAGGCUGAAGGACGAGCUGCAGCGCGCCAGGGAGGCGCUGGAGCGGGCCCGGCGCGAGCAGGCGGCGGCGCUGGAGGAGCAUAAGCAGAUAAAGUCCCUCUUCGAGGCCUUUGUGGUGGAGGCGUGUGAGCGGGAGGAGGCCUGCAGGCGCGUCUUCGCCAGGGUCUACGAGGAGGUCGGGGAGCAGCAGAAGCUCUGCGAGGGGCUGCGGCGACAGUUGCAGGAGCGACCGCCCACCGCACCGGCCCCGGCACCCCGGCCCCGGCCCCGGCACCAGCACCGCCCGCCCCCGCCCCCGUCGUCGUCGCCGGCGUUGACCCCGCCUCGCUGCACGACCUCGUGGAGAGCCUGCGCGCCGCGCUCGGCGAGCUGGAGCACCGCCUGGGCUACGGCGGGGACACCGGCGGCCGCCGCACCACCGCCGCGGCACGCGUGA